AUGAAUAUCAACAAACGUUGGUUCGUGGUUUUUGCCCCUUUUCUACUACUCCAGUCUGUCAGCUUGCUAUCCGUACAGAAACCUGGCAAUGAUGGUCCCAUUGCAAUUAAAGUAUCAUGGAGUAGUCAUGAUUAUGAUCUUCAUACGAUUCCUUCUUUGCAACUCGUGACAAAUCCUCUUGUAUCCCGUCAAUUUUCUCCUGUAAGCAAACAGAUAUUUGCUAAUUUGAAACAACUCAAUGCGGAAUAUGCUCGGUACGCUGUGUGGUUUCCUUAUCCGAAACUGGCCGUUGCUGAGUUGAAUCCACCGUCUGGCUCAUUACAGUGCGGCAAUGUUGGCGAAGAUUCCGUUAUUCAUUUAUCUUGUGAACGUAACGGUGGUGUCAUCAGUCAAAUUGAUUUUGCGUCAUUUGGAACAUCCGCUGGUGCUUGUGGUCAAAUGAAACAAGGAGCAUGUCAUGCAACAGAUAGUUUAAGCGUUGUUCAACGAAUUUGUGUUGGACAAAAGCGAUGUGACAUUCCAGCCACAGAUGAUAUUUUCGGAGAUCCUUGUGUAGGAACACCGAAACGUUUAUUGGUUCAAAUUCAAUGCAAUCCACCGCAAAAUAACACCUACUGGGAUUUUACAUAUAUCGAUCCUAUGUUAGAAGAUUUCCUUGCUGCAACCGAUGGUCAUUCACGUAUUAUUUCAUUUUCCACUCAACCGAAUUGGCUUUUUCAACUUGACACACCACAUAUCUAUCCCGACAAUGCGACACAUGUUGACUGGUCUUAUCCGGUUGGAACAAAAUUUGUUGACGACUCGAUGCAAGCACUAGGUGAUUAUUACGGACGUUUAGUUGCUUGGUAUACUCGAGCUGGUUUUAUUGAUGAAUAUGGUUUAAAACAUAACUCCGGCUAUCUAUAUAAUUGGGAUUAUACGGAAAUCUUCAAUGAAAUUGAAGGCGAACAUCAGAUGAGUAUUGAAUAUUACACACGAGCGUAUGAUGCAGUUAUUCAAGGUAUUCGAAGACAUACGAAUAAUUACGAUAUGAAAUAUGUAGGCAUGGCAUUGGCAGCUCAUAAUGAAUUUUCAUAUUACAAAUAUUUCUUAAAUCAUUCCAAUCAUGCUCCUGAUAUACCGAUCGAUAUGAUAUCGUACCACUUUUAUGCUAUUGGAACUUCGCGCGUCGAUCCACUCAGUUAUGAACUACUAUUUCCACAACUCGAUAAUUUUACUGUGGAAGUUGAACAAAUCGAACAGAUCCGAAAAAAUCUCUCACCACAAACUCGAACGACAAUCGAUGAGUUAGGCGUCAUCCUUCCCGAUGACAAUAAUCCAAGCGCGCCAUUAUUUCCAUUAAUUUAUUGGAAUGCUGCCGCAGCACUCUACGCUUAUUCGUGGGGAAAGUUAUCUCGACAAGGUAUCGAUGUAGUCGGCCACAGUCAACUUGUUGGCUAUCCACACUUACCUGAUCUUCAACUUGAACCACAAUAUCCCAGUGUAGCAUUACUAAAUUGGACAACAGGUGAAGGUACAGCGAAGUAUUGGACAUCGAAAUUAUUGAUCGACACAGCUGACAUUGACAAUGAUCAAGCAGUGGUGACUCAAACAACAGAUGUUGGUGAUCGAAAUAUCUUCAGUCAAGCAUUUGUUCGUAAAGAUUUACGCCGAUGGGUUUUAAUCGUUAAUAAACGCUACGCCAAUGUCGAUGUAACAAUAGCAAAUUGCACGGGUGGUCAAAUGCAAAUCAUUAACGAAGCGUCAGGUUUUGGACCUCCUACUCUCGUAGCAUUGACAUCCGAUCAGAUCACUUUAAGUGCAUUUGCAGUUGCAGUUGUUCAUAUGCCUCCUGCCGACAAAUCGAGUUAA